CGAAGUUGGGCUUGGCGGCAGGCUUGAUGCGACAAAUGUGUUGGAGAAGCCGUUGGUUACGAUUAUUACCGGGAUUGCGAUGGAUCAUCAGAGUCUAUUGGGGGAUACUCUUGGGGCGAUAGCAAAGGAGAAGGCGGGGAUUAUGAAGAGGGGUGUUAGGUGCGUUGUUGAUGGGGAGAAUGACGGGGAAGCAUUAGAUGCUUUUCAUGAGACCGCUGAAUCAGUGGGGGCUGAGGUUGAGGUUGUCCAGGGUACAGAGGAGGGAUUGCAGACAUAUUCCGUGCAGACGAAGACUUGGGGACCAAUAUCGGUUCAGACACCACUUCCCGGGGCACAUCAGAAGGCAAAUGUGUCUGUUGCUGUCGUGGCUCUUUCACAUCUCCAGGGAUCACUGCCAGGCAUCACACCCCAAAUCAUCCGACAAGGCAUAACCGCAACACAAUGGCCCGGACGCCUAGAAUGGACCACUAUCCCAACAGUGUCAUCAAACCCACUCCUCCUCGAUGGUGCACACAACGCAAAUGCAGCACAUUCCUUGGCUGAGUAUGUCAACACCUUACGACGGAAGGGACCAAUCACAUGGGUAAUGGCAUUCUCACAAGGAAAGGAUUUGGAUGAGAUGUUGAAAAUAUUGGUCCGGAGCACUGAUCGCAUUGCCGCGGUUGAGUUUGGGGAUGUUGAUGGAAUGCCGUGGGUUAAGCCCGUUCCGGCGGGACAGAUUACAGAGGUUGCACGGGAGGUGCUAGGGAAUGCGGUGGAGGGUCAGACGCAAGGCUUUGGGAGAGAUGUGAGUGGUAGUUUGAGAUGGGCGGUGGAAGGCAAUGAAGAGGGGACAGUGGUGGUGUGUGGGAGUCUAUAUCUGAUAGGAGAGGUGAAGAAGAUGGAGAGGGAUUUGGCGCAGUGAGAGAUGGAUGAAAUUGGUUUGAGAGUUUCUCUGUGUCGUUGGAGAGGUGUGGGUGGUACGGAGGUCUCUCACGUAUCUUAACGUUGAUCGUCUGCCUCUAGCGAUUGUCGUGGUUCUUCCGGUUCGGGCAGCAACCUCUGCUCCUUGACUAUGACUCGCAAAUGCUAGAUUGUGGAGAAGGAUCGUCUCGUCUGUUACGGGUCCACGUUACGCGUCGCGAUACGGUACCGAUGAAGUCUU